AUGUUUCAACAACAAGCAAGAGGAAAUGGACCUCCUGGAAUGCCGGGACAACCACCUCAAGUACAGCAACCUUCUGCAUUAAUACAAUGUCAAAGUGAUUUGCAAGCAAAGGAAAAAUUAACAACAUUAAUAUAUGAAUAUUUAACAUUGACUGGUGCACCAAAAACAGCCGAAGCAUUCAAAGAAGAAGUUCUGAAUGUAAGUUUUAUCUUCAUUUCUUACCUUUUUAGAAUCUGAAACUAUAGGUGAAAUUUUUUAGGCAAACCCAUCAUUCGCAAAUUUCAAACCAGCUGAAAAAGGUCCCUCAUUUCUAUUAGACUGGUGGACGAUAUUCUGGGAUUUAUAUUGUGCGGCACCAGAAAGGCGAGAUAUGGGCGAAGGUGCUUAUACACAGGAGGCUAAAUAUUUUCAUGAUGUGAGUUUCAACAAUUCAAUUUUUUCAAAAUUAUAAUUUUCUGUUAUUUUAGAAUGUUAUUGGGCCUAUGCAACCGCCUGUUAUGAAUGGACAUGUAAGUUCUUCCGGGGGUUCAAAUAUAGAAAAUUAUUGCUUAUAAUAAACUAGCAUGUAGAACAUCUUUUGAUAAUCGUUUCUUCUGCGCUCUCCUUUUUCACAUUGAAUCUAAAUUUUAUGAUAACAUUUUGUGUUUUGUUUUUUUUUCAUGCAAAACACAGUUUUUUUUAAACUUUGAUAAAAGAUUUGAGAAAAAUCUGAAGAUAUCGCAAAAUUAAAGAUUUAAACUCUAAAAUCGGAAGAAGGAUCGAAAAUAAUUCAAGUCCAAAUUCGAUUUAUUUUGAAAUCCUCCUCAAUAAAUAUAUAUUUGCAGUUUGGUCAUCCAAUGGGUCUCGGUGGUCCAGAUAUGAUGGGAGCGCAUGGUUUUGGAAGGUUUCCUGGUCGAAUACCACCUGGUCCAAUGCCACCAGGUGGAUUUGGAAUGUUUCCCGAUCCAAGAAUGGCUCGAAUACCCGGAAAUCAGAUGAGAAUGCCUCCAGGAGCAUCAUUUCCCGGAGCACCUCCGCCUGGAUCAAUGCGACCUGGACAACCACCACAAAUGCCAGGUUUGUUAUUUUUUAAGAAUUAUUUUAAUUGUAGUUUAAAAAAACUACAAAUUCUGUAUUUGUAUUCUCAAAUGGUGUCAUAAUCACAAAUUCAUUUUAAGAAUUUGUAACAGAAAAAAUUGGCUACAAAAAUUUGAAAAUAUAUAUUUCAGGUAUGCCAAGGUAUAACGAUUUUAUGGGCGGACCACCUGGAUCAGCGUUUCCAAGUGGAAGUGGCAUGAUGCCAAAUGGGGCUGGUAUUCCACCAAUGUCGAUGUCAUCACCCGGAAUGCCUCCACCACCUGGAAGUGCCGAAGCAAUUGCUGCUGGACAGCCACCAUUUAUGGGAAUGCCUGGAGCAUCAUCAGCUAGUUCAAUGCCACCGGUUAGUUUUUCUCCUUAUUUUUUAUCAUCUUCUCAUUUUUCUUGUUCUUUUUUUUGUGUUACAAAAGUGAUGGUCAUAUUAAAUCGAUAGUCGACUCUAUCCAGUCUAUGUCAAUAUUUGUCUUUUUCAAUCUUAUAUUCGUUUUUGCUUUCGUCAUAUAUUAUUAACUUUCUGGAAGGGGAAAUAGAGGAAAAUUAGGAAAUAUCAACAAAAAAUGGGGUUUUUUUUUCAGUUUGGAAUGGAUCCAAUCGCAACAAGUACAGCAUCUGCAACAGCACCUGGAAGUGUUCCUCCAGGUUCUGUUCCACCUGUUGCAUCAUCCUCAAAUGAUACGCCACCAACAACAACAUCUGCAGCAACUCCCGGUGGAACUGUUAUUGGUGGUCCAAGUUCGGCUGGUCCGUCAAGUAGUGGAGGAUGUGGAGGAGGAGGAGGAGCAGCGACAACAAAUGGAAGUAUACCAAGUGUUGGAGCACCAACAUCAUUAAUAAAUGGAGAUGAUAUCAAAACAUCGCCAGUAACAACACCGCAUGGUGGAAAUGGAAAUAUGGCUGGAUCGGGAACACCGGCACCUGGAAGUGCACAAAGUGUUGGAGCAAUGCAACCUGGAACACCUUCUGGUGGACCACCAAGUCAUCCGCCAUUAUCUGCUGGUGCACCAAUAGCUGAUUUUAAGGUUUGUUUUUUUUUCUUUUGAAAAUCGAAAAAAUCUCAAAGGCUUGGUCUGUUUUUCAAAUAUAACUCAAAAUUAAAAAUUAUAGAAUUUUUUCAAUGGAAAAAAUGGGAGAAAAAACUUUUUAUCAAAAAAAUGUAAUUUUUGAUGUAUCUAUCGAAUUCGAAUUUUUUGUAAAAAGAAAUUUGUCAUGUUUUUUUCUACCUAAAUUGCCUCAUAUUCGCUUCAAGAAAAACCAACUUCUGAUCAAAUAAUUUUCAAGCCCUCCUCCUCUUUUCCAUCUCAUCAAUAUUUCCAUACAUUUCAGGACGAUAGCGAAAUAUCAAAAAUCAAAGAAGGUCUCCUAGAUGGUUUUAUGAAAACUGAAGGUUCUGAAGCAUCAUUUUAUACUUGA